CUCGACUCGUCCACACUCAAGCUCGGGCAACAGCACUUCAAGUGAGCAUCCUCUAGGAUGCACGAUCACGAUGCUGAACAGAUUCACGGAGUUCAACUCCCUCUUCCUGCGGAACUAAUCGCGGAAAUAUUCGAGUUAUGCCUUCCGGACAACUUUGACUCCGCGCGGGCAGGCCCAGAUUUCUAUCCCAUGUGCCUCACCCAUGUCUGUUCAUCCUGGAGACGGUUAGCCCAAAACACCCCGUCCUUAUGGACCAUGCUACGGCUUUCUCGACACGAUUUCCCUAGUCGCCCAUUCGACAGCGUAGUGGAGGAAUUGUGGAUCACACAACUCCUUUACUGGCUCGGUAACUCGAAGAAUCUCCCCAUCUCCCUCUCCAUUCGCUUUCCAAGGACUAGAAAUUAUGACUCGCUCCUCCGUCCCGUGGUGGCUUACCUCCGUCCGACUAGAUGGACAAAGCUCAUGGACGUCAUCUCCACGAAUGCCCAUCGUUUCAGGUACUUGGAUUUCUUCGGCUAUGGGCUUCUGGAGGAAAUAUCUCCAUUGAAGGUCGCUUCUUCUGCACCUUUUACCUCCCUCGAGGUGCUCCGCUGCGAGCUGCACGAUGCCCACCAUGGCCCUUCCUCCAGGACAACGCCAUGGGAGCCCUUGGGAAAUGCUCCCAACCUGCGCAAACUCCUCCUUGACGCGCCCCAUCCGAGCUUCUGCCUCUCCUGGUUUGGCAAGGUUUCAUGGGAGAGCAUCACCCACGUCUCCUUCCGCGCAGAACUCACACAUCCCGACGUGUACGAGCUGCUUUCCAAAGCUCGCGCAUUGCAAGAAUGCGAACUCGCUAUCGGGGAUCACUUUGAAGAGGCCAGCGAGGUGGAGAUCGAUCUACCGCACCUCAGAAGAUUCGACCUUCAGUUCGCCAAGGGGUCGUCCUUCGAAUUUUUCCGAAACGUGAACCUUCCGUCACUCAAGAAGUUCGCGCUUCGCCAGUCGGUCGAGCACUCGGACUGGUCGACGAUCAACACCAUCGGCCUGGGCCGGCAACACCUGUUUUCUCAAUUCGGAGAUUUGGAAUCCCUGACGAUCGGAUACAUCCCCUUCACGGCCAACGAUCUCCUCGACCUCUUACGCACAACACCGAAAAUCACGGAGCUCGAACUCGACUGCAAUAUCCGCGAUUACGACACUUUCCUAGAAAACUUUCAAGAUCACACUCUACUCCCUACACUCACAAAGUUCGGCCUCUACGUCGACACGCUGCCAGGCCCUGACCUACCGCCCGGAGGUCCACUCAAGUUCUCUCCGGCUCUGCUCGCAGAGCUCGUUCGGACGAGACCCACUAUCCAAUCCUCGCUUUACGUCCUCAAUCGCGGCCAGCCCAACCAGCAAAGAGACAUUCGUCUUGAGGACAUUCACAAGGCGUUUGAGGGAUCGGGUCUUGGAAAGGAGCAAUGGCCAAAGGUUCGUGUCGACGUUCAGGGAGCCAUGGCACUGGCCUGGCUUGGGCAGGCUCCACUUGCCUAUUAA